CAAAGAAGACUAUUCACUUUCCGGGUCAGUUUAUUAAUGGUACCUGCUUCUCAAAACAGCAAGAAUCCCGAGGCAGUGUUUACAUUUUUAACUUAACGUUUUGUGGAAUAAAAUAAACAUCACAAGAGCAAUACCAUGUCAGACACGGAGACAAAACCCUCAAGUGGAGAUGGAAGUGAGAAGAAAGAUGGAGAGUACAUUAAACUGAAGGUGAUUGGUCAGGACAACAGCGAAAUUCACUUCAAAGUGAAGAUGACAACACAUCUAAAGAAGCUAAAGGAAUCAUACAGUCAAAGACAGGGUGUACCAAUGAACACCCUAAGGUUUCUUUUUGAAGGACAGAGAAUCUCAGACAACCAAACCCCCAAAGAGCUUGGAAUGGAAGAUGAGGAUGUCAUUGAAGUGUAUCAGGAACAGACUGGUGGACUUUGGAAUGAUUAGACUUGCUAUAUUUUUCUCAUUUAGAAUUUUGUAUGUAUUUUGCUUUUGAGCUUUGCACCAUCUGGAUCACACACUCUAUUGGGGCUUCCAUGUGCGAGGACACAAAGAACGACUGUGUUAGAAUGGAUAGACAAUCUGUUCUUUCUCCUUUUAAACACCUCGCACAAUCAUUUCUUCUCCCUCCUUUACAAUGCAGGUAACAUUGUAGUGCAGACAGUGUCAUAGCUGAAUGCCCCCCUAUUGAGAGAUGACACACAUACAAUGACUGGUUUUCUCGCGACUCUGCUGCACACGCCUCUUUCGCACCUAAAGUUGGAAUAUACCACCUAUGAAUGCUAAAGCAUUGUUUUGAAUCUGUUUAACAAUCCCAGUUUCCUACCAUUGAUGAAUAUGGUCUAAUGAUAUUUAAAAUAUAAACUGUUUUUAUGAUCAUGAUGUAUAUUUUGCAUCCAGCAUGUGUGUAAUAAUUAUUCAUGUCGGGUUCCCCCAACCGGUGGGAUGAAUUUUGCCCGUGGGUCAUUUUAUUUUCCCACGAGCCAAAAACAUUUUUAAUUGUUGGACAUAAGACUGUAAAAACACCAGCAAGCCUGCUACAAGUGAUUUUAAUUUUGGAUAUCUGUUUCAAAGACAUAUGUGACCAUAAACAAAUGUAAGCAAGGCUUGAAAUGAUUGUUUUAGUCAAAUAUAUCUGGGCUUCUUGGGGUCAAUUUGCAGUCUACAAAUAAUUUGUAAUUAUGUUCUGGCCCCUUGACCAUCUGUUCCAAGAAAAAAAUCAGCCCGCGGCUGAAUCUAGUUGAUGCCUUUCCUAGGUGUUCUUUUUAUUUGAAUUAUGUUCAAGUUCAGAUAAUUUCAAGGGGUUAAAGUUUCACUCUGUUUAAUCUCUGGCCUCUAAUUGGACUUAAAUAUUUUUUCUUGUUUGUCUGUCCUUUUAUCAAAAUAUGUCUUGCUGUGUUGAACCACAACAGUAGCCACACAGUAAAGUCAAUUCAACAAAUUACUCCUUGUGGAGGCAUUGAUCCGGAUGGUUUGAAGCAGAUAACGUUUCUUUUUUUGAAUAAAAUGUUUAACAAAAACAGGACUGAUAGUUUCCAAUUUUGACACGUAUAAACCAUUGCAGACCAAACAAUAAUGUUCUGAAUUAGGACUGCAGGUUAGAUGCCUGUCCACCAGAGGGCGCUCUCGCCAUGUUUAUGACGAGCGAGUGAGUAUUUAUUUGACAUCUCACAUUGA